UAUCCUCUCCCACAAUGAUGAUGAAGAGAAAUAAAACAGCCAGAUAAGAUGAACGGCGCGCUUCUAGUGCUACCAGAUAUCCUAUAUGAUCAGACGGUGGAAAACAUCACAACCACAUUCUUCAAAUGCACCCGAUGGCAGUUUGAAGAAACCACAGACCCCAUCAACUGCCCCUACCAUUACUUCUGCGAUAGUACCUACGCCGGAAAUUACCCACCUCUUAUCGAUUUUUCAGUGCUUUUCUUCUUCACAGCUUCCUUCCUUUUGACGGUAGCUUUCACUGUAUCCGACAUCAAACGAAGCUCGACCGCCGCUCGUUUAAGUCACCGGAAGAGGCGGUAUUGGUUACCGUCUGGCCCAGUCGCCCUCCCAUUCAUCCUCCUAGCCUUUGCCAAGGGUCACCGGAUAAACACCGCUUUCCCUCUCUCAAACACGGGGCCCGCCAUCCUCCAGCUAGUCCUAGUCUCUGCGCUCGCCUUCGAGAACAUGGGUGAGAAGAGCAUGAAGUAUGUUUUAUUCGAAGCAUCGACGGUUUCGGGAAUCUUGCAUGCAAGCUUGUAUCUGGAUUCUGUCAUCUUGCCUUACUACACAGGGUUGGAAGCUAUAGUGCUUUCGAGCUUUUCGGGCGAGUGUGGAUCUUGUGUUUGUCGUAGAGAGGCUCUGAUUGCUGGUGGGAGCUUGGUUUUGUAUAGGGGUUGGUCGGCUACAACGUUUUCUGUCGUCGGUACUCUGUGUUCGAGGAUGGUUUGUGCAUUGGUUGGGGAAGACAGAGGAAGUGGAAUGAUGAAGAAGGUGUUGGAAGGUCUGGGUUGGAUCUUGAUUUCAGCGGAUGCAGUUUAUCUCAUUAGGUAUUCUCCACGAUCUGGGUUUCUUGAACAGGCUGCCUAUGGAGGUGUUUGUGUUUUGAUUUUGCUUCAGUUGUUGAAGAAGAUGUGUAAUAUGUUGGGUUGCACGAAGACAUUUCGUUCAAAGGAAAUCGAUAUGGAAUUGCAACAGUCGAAUAGUAUGGUGGCGGGAAUAUGAAUAUGAAUUUUGUAAAUUUCAUUUUUAUUGGAUUUGGAUUUCUGGCUAA